AUGCCACCUCUCGGGGCUCAACAAGAUUCGGUCGAGGGCCUUGUGUCAGGCGCGCAGGUCGCCCGCUCGAAUGAGACUGUCAACUUUUUGCUAGGAAAUCGUCGUCCCACGUGGAUGACUUCGCAAAAUGCACAAACAUCUCGCAGCCCGCAGUCGAACAUGGGACCGACGUCGAGCAACCGCCACGGUGCUCAAAGUUUCCUGAGGAACCCAACCCCUCGGCCUCGGAACCAGCUUUCGACAAACACUUCAAAUACACAUCCGGCACUAGGAACCAUCGCGGCAAUCACUUCGCGACCGCCUGACAGCCUACAAGACAAGCCCACAGCUGCGCCAGAUUCCAAUCAAAUCAUAAUUGACUGCGCAGCCGCUCUUCCGUCUCCGGCCCCAACUGAUCAACCCAGUCCACCCACAGCCACCUCAAACCAAGGCUCGCACCAAAUUCGAGAGACAUGCUUUCAAAGUCCAGAAUCGGGAUUUGAUCCUGUGGCCAAUAUCUCGAACGCAACAUCGGCUUCGACUGGCGAGAACCCCGGCCGGGAACAACCAGCCGGUAUCUCUCCGCGGGAUCCCUCAGGAUCUGUUUCUGGAGCCGCAGUCCCAGAUCUGAGCGACACGGUUUCUCUGCUAAGAGACCGUCACUCCAACGCAAGGUUUUCCCUCUUCGAACCAACCGAGCACCAAACGCUCUUCACUCAGUCAAAAACACUUCCGGGGACAUCGCCAAGCUCGUUCUCUACCCCUCUGAUUCCCGGCUGUCAAGCAGCACCUGGCCCUAUGCUCAAUGAACCAUCACGACCACCAUCGAGCCAAAGCGCAAGAUCGCCAGCGGCUUUGCAGCCGCUUGUUACUGGUCACCACACAAACCAACCCCCUAGCCAAAGCCAAAAUGUCGACCGUAAUACUAAACCUCUCCCAAAAGAUAGCCAGGACCCUCCCGACAGCCUCCGCCAAGUAGUCAUGGCCACAACCCUCGACAAACACAUUAUCAAUCAUGGUGGCAUAAGCAACCUUCCCGAAGAUGGUACUACUGGACCCAGAGUCCGACUUCUCAAAGACGCCAUUGAGAAGGCCGAUUACUUCUACAUAGUGCUACACCAAAUCCUUUGUGUCUGGACGCUUGACAGAGAAGCCGCAUAUGGCCUCCUUGGUCUUCCUUCCAAUGUUGGAGAGAGCGCUCUUAACAUCGUGCAGAACGUCCUCCGGAAGAACGAAAACAUGGACCCAGACCAGAUUCUCUUCUUCGCAAGAUUUCCAGCUAGUGGCAAUUCUGGGCUAUGGAACACUGAAGCCUACCGCAAGCAUGUUGGGGAUAUUUCCGUUUUCCUAAACAACCUACACGAACAGUGGAACAGAAUCUUGAUUCCUGCCAUGAGACCUCAGUCAGGUAGAGGGUAUCCUAUUUUAGCAGACGAAUUGCACUAUCAACUCAAACUUCGGUCGCCGGUUCUAGAGAAUAUUUUCUUCACCGUCACUAGAAGGCAUACUGGUGUCCCAGACGGCCCCAUUGCCGACCAGAUGUCUGCACUAUUCCGACAAGAUUACCAGAACGACAAAACCACGUUGUCCGAAGAUGAGCAAAGGGUGUUCCAGCAAACGUUGAUCUCGCGUUACAAAAGGUUAGUUACUCAGAGCCGCCAGCACCAGCAACAGCACCAGCAACAGCACCAGCAACAGCACCAUCAACAGCACCCGCAACAGCACCAGCAACAGCACCAGCAGCAACAACACCCACAACAGCACCCGCAACAGAUACAACAGCGGCAGAUACAGCAACACCAGCAACACCAGCAGCAGCAGCAGCAGCAGCAGCAGCAGCAACAGAGACAUUUGCAGCAACAACAGCAAGCACAACCGCAACUUGCAGGUCACCCACAGCAAGUGCCAUCACAGGACGUGGCCAGAACAACCGCCAUGGCCCGACAGCAGACCGCAAUUGGCCAUGUUAGAAUGAUGUCUACCAACUUUUCUCCAACACAGGCCAGGAUGCCGAUACCGACACAAAACUCUCCGACUGAAGGAUUUGGCAUGUUUCCGUCCCCGUCGGGCCCAAAUCUGGCCAGGAUGCCAAAUCUCUUCACUCCGCCUAACGUACCACCACAAUACAUGCUUCGUGGCCAACCCCUGACUCCAACAGGCUCGCCUCACUAUGGCAGCAUGCAGUUGCCGCAUGCUGCGAGAGUGGCACAGGCUCCAGGGCAGACAUCUCCAGUUCUCCAAGCCCCUCCAGGCGGACUAUCAAUGUCUAUGCCAGCCCUGACAUCGCCCACGCGGGCCAUCGCCCCCAAUGGCCCACCAGUUCAUGAGUCUCAAGCUAUUCACGAUCCUCCACAUCCUCAUUUUCAACCUAAUAACCAAGACCCUCAAUUUCUCCAGCAAACUCUGAGUGCGGAUCGAAUGCGUCAAAGGUCUCGGCAAAUGCAGUUUGCCCACCACCAAGCUCGUGCUAUUGUGCAACUCCAAGCUACGAAUGUGGCCGCUUCGAGAACGCAACCGCUUCAACCCCAGCUUCCUCCACCCCCCCAACUCAUGCAGCAGGGGCCGUCUCAUGAAGCGUCUGUACGGACACCACAGUUGCAGCACAUGCCUUCUCCUCAACACGUUGCUUCUAUGUCGCAAACGAGUCCACAAGGCUUAGGGAUGACUCAGGGAGCUGCGAGUACCCCCAUGACACGGCCCUCUUCAAACAGCGUAUGGCCCAGUCGUGACGCAGCAGGAAGGCUCGUAGGCAAUGUUUUCCGCCCACGCAACGUACCGAUUCCACUAGACCGUAUACCUCAUACCCCAUGGGAGCCAAAGGCUGUAGGAAUCGCACUUCACCAAGUCCAACUUCGGAGUCCGAGACGAGUGCCGCGAGACUUACCUGGAGCGGAAGGCCAGGCGACACCGAUGAGGUUCUACCAGUCCAUCAAAGGGCUAGCCGUUGGCCCGAUCGCAACACCGGCCAAGCACUGCGUACACCGUCUUGCCUUUGUAGUGCCCGAUGAGUACCGCAACAAGCUCUGCCCGAUGCGUACUUUGAUAGGUGACUGUAUCCCUGUCUCGGAGUACUUUGAAGGGUCUCUACGAUACCGUCUUCGUCUCUGCGAGUUGCCGGUCAAACUGGACGAGCCGGCCAAUAUCUCGGAGUCUGUAUGGGCAGUAGCGCAGUCCCACUGGCCCGAACAUAUUGCCAUCAUGGUCAAUGGCAACGCCGUAACGGUUCGCCGAAAGCAACAUAAUGGGCAGCACCUGCCAGUCGAACUCACCCCACAUAUACUACCUGGCACAAAUUCAAUAUCUGUCAGCAUCACUCCCAUGCCAGCGACUCAAAAGCCAAACAUGAUGUAUUUCAUGGCUGUUGAGGUGGUCGAAACCCUGAGCCACGACAAUAUUGUCAACAUGGUCCUGAGACAAGGCAUCAUCUCGGCGGAAUCAACUAAGAAAGCCAUUCAGAAGCGUCUGAAACCUGCAUCUGCCGACGGGGACGACGAGCUAGUCGUGGUUGGCAACGAUCUCAGCAUUGAUUUAGCCGACCCUUUCAGCGCCACGAUAUUCAAUAUUCCGGCGCGCGGCGUUAAUUGUACGCACAUGGAGUGUUUUGACCUCAUCAAUUGGCUGCAAACCCGACCGGUCAAGCCCAGGUGUACCGCACACGGGGCCGGCGAUGCAUGCCGCGUUUGCAAUCGCGGAACUGAAGGGAGACCUGAGCCUUCCUUGGUUGACAAGUGGAAGUGUCCUCUCUGUGAUGGAGACGCUCGCCCAUACAGUCUUCGAGUUGACAGGUUCAUGGAGGAAGUUCGCAUGACCCUCGAGGCAGAGGGAAAACUUCACACGAAAACUAUCUAUGUGACGGCAGUUGGAUCGUGGAAAGCCAAGGAAGAAGAGGCAGAUGACGAUGAUGAAGAAAAUGCGGAGUACGGGCAACCGCCGGCCAAGCGGACCAAGAGACGACUGUCGGUGCCAGAGCCAGAAGUCAUCGAGCUGGACUGA